UGGGAUCAAAACAGUAGAUUAGCCACACCCUCUCCAACACAAAAAAAUGCGUUUGUGGGAUUUGAUGGACGCGCUAAAUGUCCAAUGAGAGAGCAGAGCUGCCCUAGCAACUCCACACAGGAACCAAUCAUGGAAAAUCUAAGGAUAAACUCACAUUUUCCUGUUUAGGGAGGUAGAUAGGAGAGAGAGAUGUGGCAGAGAGCUCAGUGGACCAGGUUUGCGCGAAAUGUAAAGAUGAAAAAACAGUAGGAGUGAUUUAUAAAGAUUAACAUUUCUUUUAUAAGUAUAAACAGUCAAUUUUAAGAAGUUAACGUUACUUGGCUUAUGCUUCUAUACUGUAAACGUAUGACGGUCUUUAUUUACCUACUAAUGUGACGCAACAGCAUCAGUGGAUCCACAACCAGAAUCUUUGAACAAAAGGACAGCUUUAGUGUUGUAAUGGACAUGGCAUUUUUAACUCAGAAAAGACUAGUGAAGAAUAUGUAACGUUUUUAAAACGGCUAUAUGGUUUAGUUGCACUGGUGGUCUGAGAUAUUUAAAACAAGUCCAUCAGUUACACGAUGUACCAGAAUGGGUCAUCGGGCUGAUGUGAAGAUGAACCACAGGAGCAGCCCAGCAAAAGCUUAUGAUUUCCUCCUGAAAUUCCUUCUGGUUGGAGACAGUGAUGUUGGGAAAGGGGAAAUACUGGCCAGUCUACAGGAUGGGUCAAGUGAGUCACCCUAUGGAUACAAUAUGGGAAUUGACUACAAGACAACUACCAUACUGCUCGAUGGACGCAGAGUCAAGCUCCAGCUUUGGGACACCUCAGGACAAGGCAGAUUCUGCACCAUAUUCCGCUCUUAUUCAAGAGGAGCACAGGGUGUUAUCCUUGUAUAUGACAUCACAAACCGCUGGUCUUUUGAUGGCAUCGACAGAUGGAUUAAAGAGAUUGAUGAGCAUGCACCAGGUGUUCCCAAGAUUCUGGUGGGAAACAGGCUUCACCUGGCCUAUAAACGUCAGGUGACCACCGAGCACGCCCAGGCUUUCGCAGAGCGACUGGGCGUCACAUUCUUUGAGGUCAGCCCUCUCUGUAACUUCAACAUUACUGAGUCCUUCACUGAGCUGGCCCGAAUUGUGCUCAUGAGGCAUGGUAUGGAGCGACUUUGGAGACCCAAUAAAGUAUUGAGUCUGCAGGACCUGUGCUGUCGUUCUAUCGUUUCCUGCACUCCAGUGCAUCUUGUGGACAAGCUUCCCCUUCCUGUUGCCUUAAAGAGCCAUCUGAAGUCCUUCUCCAUGGCCAACGGUCUCAACGCCAGGAUGAUGCACGGCAGUUCAUACUCAGUCAUAGCUAGUAGUGCUAAAAAAAGGAACGGAACCAAAAAAUCCAAAAUAAUCUACCCUCCACUGAGUCCAUCCCAGCACUGCGCACGGACGAGCUGCAAGAUUUCAUAGAUCAAUGCAGUUGCUGUACUUACAAUAAACCCUCGCAAUGCAAUUUAAACAAGGAGCUAGUGUUCAAAACCACCAUGGUCUUACAAUAAAUAAGAACAAGCGAGACAACUGUGGCCUGUGAGGUCUUCGAUA